GCGGGGCUCGCGGCGGCUCAGUCUCCUCCCGAGCCCAGCCCCGGCCGGCGAGAGCGGCGGCGAGCGCGAGCCGGAGCCCGGCCUCGGAGCGGGGAGGCGGCGGGCCGGCGGAGGCGGCGGACCGGAGCGGCGGGCCGCGCUCGGGCCCCCGCCGUGUGCGCGUCCUCCUGGCGGAUCCCGCAUAAACAUCGAAAAUAUUUUCUGUGAAGCCUAAGAAUCCCUGAUUUUGGAAGUGCCCCACAGCACCGUUAACUGUAAAGCGAGGAAAAGUAUGAAAGAACCGUCUGGUUGAGUGUACAAUUUGAAGACCACCACAUCUACCAGAAGACUCAGGAUGGAUCUGCCCCAAAACACAGCCAUCGCUUUCCUUGACAAAUGGUGUUCAGAUAAGUCACUAUCUGGCUGCAGGAGACAUUAUAAUGUCAGGAAAAAACUAAAGUUAAUUCGAAUCUUAGGCCUUGUCCUGGGCCUGGUGGCCGUUAGCACUGUCCCGUUUUCAAUCAGUGCCUUUUCUGACACAGAGACACAGAGCACAGGAGAAGCCAGUGGUGCACGUGGCCCUAGGGUAGCACACGGUUACCGUCAAAGAACUCUCUUAGAUUUAAAUGACGAGAUUGAGCAUUAUACUUCACAGCCACCUCUUUCUCAAGAAGACACAUCUGAGAAUAAUACAGAUCAUGCCCAGGGAGACUACCCACGAGACAUCUUUUCCCUUGAGCAGCGAAGAAGAGGCGCCAUCAUUCUCCAUGUAAUUGGGAUGAUCUACAUGUUCAUAGCCUUAGCCAUCGUCUGCGAUGAGUUCUUCGUUCCUUCUUUGACGGUCAUCACUGAAAAACUGGGCAUCUCUGAUGAUGUGGCUGGGGCUACCUUUAUGGCGGCGGGGGGCUCGGCCCCAGAACUUUUCACAUCUCUCAUAGGGGUAUUUAUUGCUCACAGCAAUGUUGGCAUAGGCACAAUCGUGGGCUCAGCGGUGUUCAAUAUCCUCUUUGUUAUUGGCAUGUGUGCUCUCUUUUCUAGAGAAAUCUUAAACCUGACGUGGUGGCCACUUUUUCGGGACGUGUCCUUCUACAUCAUUGACUUGAUCAUGCUCAUCAUAUUUUUCCUGGAUAACGUUAUCAUGUGGUGGGAAAGCUUACUUCUCUUAACAGCUUAUUUUGGCUAUGUGGUUUUCAUGAAAUUCAACGUCCAAGUAGAAAGAUGGGUGAAGCAAAUGAUCAAUCGCAAUAAAGUCGUCAAGGUGACAGCACCAGAGGCCCAAGCAAAGUCAUCUACAGCCAGGGACAAGGAGGAACAGGCUCUACCGGCUAAGCCCCGUCUGCAGAGAGGUGGAAGUUCUGCCUCCCUCCACAACAGUCUCAUGAGGAAUAGCAUCUUCCAGCUCAUGAUACACACCCUUGACCCACUCGCUGAAGAACUUGGAUCAUAUGGAAAACUAAAAUAUUAUGACACAAUGACUGAAGAAGGGAGGUUCAGAGAAAAGGCUUCAAUUCUCCACAAGAUCGCCAAGAAGAAAUGCCAGGUGGAUGAGAACGAGAGGCAGAAUGGGGCUGCCAAUCACGUGGAAAAAAUCGAGCUCCCAAACAGCACCAGCACAGAAGUUGAAUUGACGCCACCCAGUGAUGCUUCGGAACCCGUACAAAAUGGAAAUCUCUCCCACAGCAUUGAAGCUGCAGAAGUCCAGACCACAGAGACAGGUGAAGAUGAGGAGGACCAGCCUCUCAGCCUGACCUGGCCUUCCGACACCCGCAAACAAGUCACAUUCCUGAUUGUUUUCCCCAUCGUGUUUCCUCUCUGGAUUACCUUGCCUGACGUCCGCAAACCUUCAUCAAGGAAGUUUUUUCCCAUCACAUUCUUCGGCUCCAUCACCUGGAUUGCAGUAUUCUCUUACUUGAUGGUCUGGUGGGCACACCAGGUUGGUGAGACAAUUGGCAUCAGUGAAGAGAUCAUGGGUCUGACCAUCUUGGCUGCUGGGACCUCCAUCCCUGAUCUUAUCACCAGUGUCAUAGUGGCCCGGAAGGGGCUCGGGGACAUGGCCGUGUCCAGCUCUGUUGGAAGCAACAUUUUUGACAUCACCGUAGGGCUCCCGCUGCCCUGGCUGCUGUACACCAUCAUUCACAGAUUCCAACCAGUGGCCGUCAGCAGCAAUGGCCUCUUCUGCGCCAUCGUCCUCCUCUUCAUCAUGCUGCUCUUCGUCAUCCUCUCCAUCGCCCUCUGCAAAUGGCGGAUGAACAAAGUGCUGGGUUUCAUCAUGUUCGGCCUCUACUUCGUGUUCCUGGUGGUCAGCGUCCUCCUAGAAGACAAAAUUCUUGUAUGCCCUGUCUCCAUCUAGCCGGAAAAGCCAUAUCUUGAACCAACAGCAUGGAUGGUCCCUCCCCACUCUGGGUUCUAGGCUCCUUGACCUCUCUAGAAGAGGCAGCUGGCACACAGCCCUGAGCAUUUCGAGUGUCCCUCCUUGGCGGAUUUGAGGAGGAUGGAUUCACACUGAGCCCAGUCGUUUCACAGGCUGCUUCCACCCUUGCCCAUUGAAACAGCCUCAUGCAAGAGACCAAGAGAACACUGGGGCUUCUUUCCAUUCACCACUGACAGGUACUCCUCGCUGGUCGGAGGUACAUUCGUUGUAAUGAUGCAAACAAUAACGGAGGGUCUAUAUAUACAUAUAAAAUAUACAUACUAUAAAUAGAUGCACAUGAACACACCCCCGCCUGUUCCUGUAUCAUACCUCUCCUCCCAUACGUAUAGAGUAAUACAUACCUGUAUACAAACACAGAGAAAGAAAAAUUAUAUAUAUAUAAAAUCAUAUAUAUAUAAAAAUACAAAUGCAUCUUUUCAGGGAUAGUUCUAGUCUAUUUAUAAUAUCUAUUUGAAGAGGGGCAUCAACCUUCAGUCUGAGCUUUCCCUCUUAAGUGCAAGAGGUGAACUAAUAGAAUCAUUGCUGCGAACUUCAGCCUGCCUUGGACUUACUGGGAUCCUGCCUGGUAAGAUGGAUGCUGUAGGGAAAUAGGGUGCAGGAAGGAGGACUUGGUGGAGAGGGGAUGUAGCAGCCCUGAGUUGAGCCCUCCAAAAUAUUCCCACAAGCCAAGCAGGGAAGACUGUCUGCCUGCCCCCGCUGGGGUGCACUGACCCAAACCCACAGGGAUACUUGGGACAGACAGAACUAAAACCCAGACUGAGUGGAUACUGGUUUGGGGGCACGAGGACGUGACCAGGGUUGGGUUUGGGGAAAUUUUUUUUUUAUGUAUUGCCCUAGCAUGCAAGUACAAAAUAUGACUGCAAACCAAAUUAGCACUCUUCUAGGACAGCAAGACUAUAUAAGCUGAACCUAUAUUGUUCCAAUGCAUGUCCCAUUAUCAUCAAGAGAAGAGGGGCAAGUUUAGCUGUGAUUGUCACUUAGACGUAUUUUGAUGCUAAGGCCUCAUGUAUAAUCAAAAUGCCUGCCAGGAGAGCCUGCAUAUGUAAUAAGAAAUACCAUCAGGCAGAGGCCCCCAGCGGGACUUGCCACCUGACAGGAAUGUAAGGGCAGAAUUCUUUAAAGCAUCUUCCAGUGUGGUCAUAAAGGGCUUCAGUGGCUGUAGAAAUCAUUACUCCUCCAAUAGAACUAAACUGGCUCUGAUCAAUACUGCUUGGGUUGAGGCAGCUUAGAGAUGUUUGGAAAGGCAUUUGCAGGCUCAGCGCACCCAGGAAGGUUUCUGGGUCCUCUGUCUAGCGGUGCCAGGACCAGGAUUUGGUUAAAGCCCGUGUGGCAUCCAUGUCUCUCCUGCCCUCAGGACCCCCUCUGGCCUCCUUCUAGCACACUGAAGACCACACUCGGUUUUACACUGACUUCAAGCCAGUCACUCCAAGUUUUUGAUUUCCUGAUUCUGCUCAGCAUUCAUAGGAUAGUUUCAUUUCAUUUAUUCAGUUUCCCCAAGUUCUGUCUGACACCUUAUAUGAUAUCUCAGGUCUAUGUCAAUAGAAAAUCAAACCAGCAGAACAAAAAAAAGAAAAAACAGGCAAAAUUGAUGAAAACAUAUGUAGUUUUUCAUUUGCUCAAGUCAUGCUUUCCUUAGAAUCAGUUAAAAGCAAAUAGAGGAUGGCCCAUUAUUCGUGCCCAUCCUACAGCUAAGUUGGUACACAGCACACAUGGGGAGCUAUAUCAGCUGUGUUCUUGUCUCCAGUCCAUUGUGUCACAGAUGCCUGCAAUGAUUUUGUUGAGAGCAUGUACCUCCUAACACCAGGAGACAGGAUGCAGGAUUCAUGACUGAAUAAAGAGGCAGGGAGACCUGACAGCCCAGAUCAAGCUCAGUAUUCCUUCCAACCUCAGCUCACCCCCCACAGCAUGGCAGUAAGAGGCAGUGCCCAUCCUUGCUCUUCACCCACAAGCAAAAAGCAUGUCUACAUGGAGGACCCCUGGGAAAACAAGAAAUCAAGAUGGCUGCCACCCAGAGGCUAGCUUUCAGGUCUCUCCAACUUUGCAAAGUCAGGUUUUCAGUUGCGCGAGAGAAACCUCCGUCUCAUUCAUCAAGAGCAGGAUUUUGUAUAGAGGCAAGAAUGUGUGCUAUUUCCUUAGAGUGAAAGAGAAUGACUAAGUGAACUCUUUGUUAAAAACUCUGGUCUUUUCCCUGAAGGGGAGCAAAGUUGGUUAUUGUGUGAGUAUAUAUUAUUGACUGGUUUCUUGUUUGAAUGGGUGACUUUGACUCAACUGCAGAUAGAUUCUGUAAAACCAGAAAGGAUGAGGGAGGUCAGUGCAGCCCUGUUCUUGUUCCAGCACCUCCUGAUGCCCCCCUGCCUCCUCACUCCCUCCCCCUCCUUCCCGGCUCUUAGUGAAGACUCCUCCUAGCAGCCACGGAGCAUUUCAUUUGCCCGGGAGCUCUGCUUCAUGGGCAGUGUUGUAGUCAUAAAUGAACAGUUGCAUUUGGGAAGACAAUAUUUCCGAGCCCAGGUCCCUGCUCAGUGAUAAGCACUGAGCAUGAUGUACAAGAGCAUUCCCUGGCUGGCUGGUCCACAGGCACCUUCUCCCUGCCACUGCUUGCCCUUGCACUCCCCUCGUCAUGUGUCUAUGAGGUUAUGUGUUGGGCUAGGGCAAAGCCAGAGAGAAGUGUAUAGAAGGCAACAAUGGAUCUUUAAAAGCAUUCAAAUCAUUAACAUAAUUAUAAGGAAGAACUUUCUACAUCAUGGUUUCUUGAGUAGGUCAUCUCUAAUGCCUUUCCUGAAUGCCUGCAUACACAUGUAUAAACACAUAUCUUUAUACCAGAUCCGCACAUGCACACACAAUGUCACUUACAUCGUUACCCUCUGACCAGGUCACAUUCAGGAUUCAAAAGCAGGGAACAUCAAGUUCACCCUAGUAAAGGAAGAGGAAAGUCAUGUGCACCAACAACCAAAGGGGACAUUCCUUCCUGAACUCAUAGAGAAGGUGGUUUUGUUCUGUGCACAUAUCCAUACCACCAUACACAUAUGCACCCACCCCACAUAGGCACCCACCCCGAGAAUAUGGAUUUUCAGCCUUAUGGAAAUGACCAGCCGCAUCCCUAAUGUUGAUGCAGAGGCAAAGAAUACACGACCAAAAAGUACAGAAAAAAAUGUAGACUGCAGAUACUCUCUCUGCUUCCCUGGAGCAGGAUGUAAAGUAAUAUCGCAAAUUCAAGAGCCAGCGUCUUACUGCUCAAUCUAAACUAAGCGAGCUGUACCCAAAUGGUUCCGUUCACCCACACCAAACCAAGCAGGUCUUGCUUGCUGUUGCCUCCCCUGUCGCCGUAGGCAGCCUCAGGACAGGAGAGCAACUUGGCUCAAGCCAAGAAUGCCCAAAUAGAACCUUCUAAAUUGCAUCGGGGAGCACCCACACUAAGUCCGGCUGCCCUCUGGACCUGACUAGUUCCUAGAGAACUGGAGCUGGAGAUGUGGUGGUGUUUCUGUAGCUUCCCAGGAGCUGAUCUGAGCCAGGCAGCGACAGAUCGGGAAAGCGCAGUACAUGUGCACGGACUAAGGGGUAGGCUGGUUUGUCAAUUUGGCAGAUGCAGCAGAAUAUCCUACAGCCUUGCCCAGAAGAUUAUAAAAAGAGGCAGGGACUGUUUCAUAUUCAGGGGAAAUGCUUUAUAAGGCUUCGAACAGGUGUCACCUGACAGAAGCCAUUAAACUUUCUAGGGAAAACAUGAAUCAGGUGGUUUGGAGCCCUUACAGCCAAACACAGCUGCCUGGUGCAUGAGAGAUUCGAUACUAAUGUACAUCCAUCCCCAGGCAGGGAGAGAGUUGGCAAACUCCCCACCAUUUCUCACAGCGCUUAAACUCCUCUGUAACAGGGAGAUGGGAGAUGAGCUGUAAGGGGAAGCCCUCCUCCCAGGCCACCCUAACAGAAAGCUGACCAAGGAAAUGACCACAGAUAGAGCUGCUGGCCAGAUAGACAGGUGGAGAGGAUGGGACUUCUGUUAAAUGCUCUGCUGAAAUUACUGGGUUGGAAUAUCUGAUGUGAGCCUGAUGACCCAUCUGAAUGCAAGCAUUUCGGAAAAUUUCAAUAUGUUUUCUUCUCUACAUCUACCAAUACACACACCGCUCUCCCGCUCCUCAAGAACAUGAGGAUGCCAUGCUUCCUUGCACCUGGGCAGAUUGCUACUCUAGUAAUUAAGCGGCCAUCUUGUAAGUGGCAGCUCUGUUCCAGAAGAAAUAAAGGAACUGUCCUCAGGGUGAUUUCUGGAAAAAUCAGCUGUCUCCGGAAAGCUGGUUAUAGAAGCUAAUGUUCGUUCCUGCUAAGCCACAGCUAACAUAAUCCCCUGGCUGAAUAUUUUUAAAAGACACAUCCUUGCGUGCUAUACAUCUGUCAGCAAUAUUGUCUUCAAUUAGUAGGUAAGGGCUUGUGAUUAAGAGAGAGUUGGUGAAAGAAGUAAAGAACAAGGAAAGAGAAGACAGGAGAAGUUAAUUCACUUUUACUAGAAUUCCCAAGAAAGCAAGUGUCACAUUGAUAUAUUCCCUAUGUCGUUUAAAAUAAUUACAGAUUUCAGGCUUUUUUUUUAACCAAUUACAAGAGUCUGCAUUGAGUCCCAGAGAAAAAUAUUUUCCCUUCUCAAGAAAGCCUUUGCUUAGGAAAGAAAGGUAACGUGCCCCUCUCCACUGUGUAUGUAAGUUUAGCUCCUUGCCUCUGUAUCUUUGGGUUUCUUUUUUAAUCUCACAGCUUCAUAUUCUUUAAAAUAUAUAGAAAACAAGAAAAGCAAUAAAGGGCACACUCACGACUAAACUCCAUUACUUAUCAUUACAUCAUCACUAUUUUUUUCACUUCACUGCGAGCUUUGGAACCACACAGGCUGUGGCAUGUCAUCACCAGGCAUCUGUAGAAAUCCCACGUGCACUCCUGUUUGCUAUAGAAGUACCACGUGCUUUCCAUCCGGACCCCCCACACACCCCGUGUGCACGCUGCCACUGUACAUGCCUUCCUCUCACACGGGGGGUCAGCCUUGCUCAGAACCAUGUGGAUUCCAUAGUGUUCUUUAAUCUGACUGGGGACAGUUUUGUUUAAAAAGAGCAAGAGAGAGCUACAAAGGACAAACAAAUCCACAAGUCAGCCAGUUUUUAGAGAAAAAUAAUGACGCUGUAAUUGUGACUGGCUAGACGACUAUGUUCAAAUUGGUGGACAAACACUGGGAGACUGAAGGGAACAGUAAGCCAAGGUACUUUCACUAAAUGAUUGAUUGACAGACUGGAAAACCUUAAAGAAUUUUUUAAAAACAGAUAAAUACCUAAGUCUGAAAGAGUGCCAUGUUGCCAAAGGUUUAAUUCUGUUAAGAGAGUGUGUCUAACCUAUCCCCGUCAUCAGAAGGACAAUCGUUUUGUAGGAGAGGGGUCCUGGCACAGAUGUUCCUGGUGCCCCAGUUCCAUCAACUGUUAACAUUAACAACCAUCAGUGUGAGAAAAGUCUCCCUCCAGCUCAACCCAAACCCCUCAAGUUGAUGACUUAACCCAUUUUUUUCUUUUUGGCAGAAGAGACCUGCAUCCGGGCCGUCCUCACUAUUUAGCCCUGACAUCCCCACUAUGUGACCCUUUAUCUAUUUUCAUCAAAAGUAUCUUUAGAUUUUUAUUUCUGAGUCUUUUUCUCUAACCCUCUCAACAAUUUCUACAGUUCUUCCCUACUAAGCUUUUUAAAAUGCUUUAUGUUGCUCUUAAUUUAUGCAACUUCAUGACUAAUCAUGACACAAGUAUAAGGGCUGAAUUAUAGCCUCAAACCUAAGGCUUUGCUCCAUUUUUAUGCACCUCUCUGUUGCCCUUAGCUUUUAGGAAGUCACACUUCAUUGCUAAUUCACAUUAAUCUUGUGUGCCCUAUGACUUCUGUAUCUUUCUUCCAAGACAUCUGGAUGAAGCCAGCACAUCACUCAGCUUGCCCCAAUGCAUUUGAAUAGGUGUCUUACCUGCUAUGAGCCACUCUUCUCUUGGCCUUAUUCAGUCUCAGUCUGCUCCUUUCUAACCCCACUUCCAUUGUUCAAGGCCAGUUGGACCAGUCCAUUCUCCUCUUCAAGGUUCUCACCACCACCAAGCUCCCUGGUUUACUUGCACUUGGCUGGCAAGUCUAAUGAACAUUUUCUCCAUGUCAAAUGCUAGACCCCUGCCCCCAACAAUUUAUGUUUUGUGUAAUUGACUACUUCUUCGGGGAAAAUCCUUCCUAAUUGCUACUAAAAUGUCAACAGAAUUCACAACCGCAAGAGAGGAGAUUCACAGAAAUACCUUAAGAGCACCAGUAGGUUGACACAAUAAGCUCUAGCAGGCAUUUAUCCUCUGGUGUAAAGGAUGAACACUGGGUGCGACAUUAUCAUGAGGCCCUGGUGAGGUCAAGCUCGUGAGCUUCGUUUUUAAGAUCAUAAUCCCACACUCAUGAAGAACUCAGAAUUGGGGAGACACACUGGAGAUCAUUCAGAAACUCUGCACCUGCACUUACCUGCACUGAGUUACCAAAAGGAAUUUAUAUUUUUGCUUUAAAUAGGAAAUAGGGGAAAUGGUUGGACCUCCUCUUAUCGCCCAGUAUUGCAGUGUAUUUACUUCUUGUGUGGUAGGCUCGAUAGGAAUUGUAAGGGUGUUGUUUGGUGUCCUGGCCCGGGAAGGUGGGCCACAGUUCACCAAGAUGAUGGGAAUUUGCUCCUCAUUCUCACAUGUUGGGUUGCAUAUUCCUUUAUAAUGGAUCCGUAAGUAAUUAAGGCCUUGGAACUGAGAGUUUUCUAAAACACUCAACUAACCAAAAGAGAAUACUAAUUUUUUAAAUCAUGUUACCAAAAAAAAGAACGAAUGAAUGAAUGAAGUCUGAAUCCCUGAAUAAAAUAAUUUUAAGGAUGAAAUUGCAUGCAUGAAUUAAGGGUAGAUAAUUCCUUGCCAUUUAAUUAAACGAAGCUCCAAUUCUUCUCAUCAGAAUAAAACUGAAGGACAAUGGAUACCUUUUGGGUUUUUUAAUUUUUUAAUAUUGCACUUUAUAGUACUUCAUAAGAGACAGUUGUCUUAAUUAAAGCCAUAAAAUACCAAUAAUACAUAUAUUCAGGGCUUCUGAAUAUAGUCAAUCAAUAAGCAGUCCAUGAGUCAUUCCUGUUUUGUAUUGUUUGUUGUAAAUUGGAGUUUAUCUGUUCCAUUUUUUAUUGCAUACAAUUACUGUUCUUGACAAUCCUAAUCUACUGAUAAAUUUUAGAUGUGUACUUUAAUAAAACUCAGAAAAUCAGAGAAAUUAUUCAUUUCAUAAAAGCAUUCUUCAUUUUCAAAAUAGCUUGUUACACAGUUCCUUUAAAUAGCAAGUUCUGAUACUAUCUUGAAAGUAUUUCUUUUUGUAAAUUAUAGAUUUACUAUUUUCCAGGAAUCCAUUCGGAUGUAAAGCAAGGUUCACCCAUACGGAGAGUGAAUGAAUAAUUAGUAAAUAUAUGCCUGGGAAAUUUAAGGUUGGUUUGAGUUUUCAUAUAAAUAUAGGAUGGGUCUAAGAAGUUCCCUUAUAAAAAUGGCAAAUAGAGAUACACAGUUUAUCAACAAUUUUUUAUGCCUAAAUCAUAAACCUUCCGUGGGAGGACAUAGAGCAGACUUCAUAAUGCAUUUGGGGUUUUUUUUCCCCCUUUCUGCUAAAAUACACAGGUUCGACUACUUAUACACAUAUAUACACAGAUGUCCCCACAAUUAAAAACUUUAAUGUUUCACUUCAUCAUAACUUUUUAUAUACUUUGCAUGAAAGCUAAAAGAAUGACUAAAAGGCACUUAAUAGCCUAGAAAUAUCCACCAUAACUGGGUACCUAAAUUAUCGAUGUAAAAUAAACGUGUUUACUAAAUUGAACGACCCCAUCAGUUUCAUCCUUACACAGCCAUGUGCGCUAAAGAGCGCCUGGAUCCAGUGCCCGCGAUGUUCCUGGGGGACUGUUGUGUCAUCUGAAGAGUUUCUCCAAAGGGCAGAGACUCUCCAUCCAGAAGGAGCCUCUGUUGGUAUAUUGCUCUGUUGAACCCUACACACAAAGUCCAUAUUUUUCUGCCCAGCGUCUAGCUGGGUGUUUCUUCUGCUUGAGUUUGAGAAAACUCCAGAAGCAACAGCUUCCAUCUUCAAGCAAUUUGCAGUCUCAAAGAGCCAUCAGAAAGGAGCAGAGCAGAAGCUGCCUUCGUAGUUCAGUGAGGCUACUGUCAGCACUAAAGGAAAGAUAAAUUACACUUCUGUUCUUUGCAUAUUAUCAGAACAGAGAAAAUGCUGGCAACAUUGACCCCAACAUAGACAUUUGCCCUAGAACACAUAAACUGUUUUUUGGACAGGUUACAUUAAGAAUAUCAGAAUGCCAUUUUUCUAAAGGAUCUUCUUAGGGACUGAUGUCGUCUCGAGCUUCCUUUGUUGGCCUCCAUUUUAAAGAAGCAUUGUAACCCCUAACUUUACCCCUACAAGAAUCCAGUUGAUGCACUUCCAAAAUGUUUUUGUCAUUUUGUAUGUGUUUUGUUUAUUAUGAGCAAUUUUCACUGGAUGACGAGAUUUAUGGAGAUUUCGCGUCAGUUGAUUCUCUGUGAAUAUGUCUGUACAUAGACUGAAAGCUAUAUUUAUUUGUACAUAGGCUGUUUGGAACAAUGCGUUUCUGUCACAUGGACUUCACUCUGAUCAAGGGCGUUUCUUCACUCUGUUCAUGUUACACUUCCCACACCUUUGUGCUUCUACUGGUAAUCAACUCAUAGAAUAUCACUUUAUGUAACUAAGU